AUGAAUUCAAUUGUUUGUGAUAAUUCUGACACAGGAAAAGAAUGUAUUUCUUAUUUGCGUGAACAACAUUAUCCGCCAGAAACUUUUUUGCCAGUCGCUGAAUUACGUGUUGAACCAUUUCGUGAACAUUUGCGUACUUUAAAAGAACCUCCAGGAGUAAAAUUAACUUUUGAUGUUAUUGCUCCAAAUAUUACUUCUGAUUCAAAUUUAAAUUCAAAAAUAAAGAAAGCUUUGCAAUUUGUUUGUGGAAAUUCUUUAGUUUGUGAACAGCCUCAACAUGCUAAGGGACUUGCCUAUGGAAUUACACGAAAGGGUGAACGUUAUAGAUCUGUUGCAUUGGAUGGAACACAAUUUCAACCAAAUGGUGUAAUUAGUGGUGGAAGUUCUGAUUUAAAAGUUAGAGCAAAAAAAUGGGAUGAAAAUGCAAUAAGAAAAUUAAAAGAAAAGAGGAAUGAUUUACAAGAAGGUUUACGUCAGUUACAUGCAAAUUCUAGAAGAGAAUUGGAUGUUGAAAUGGCUAGAAAUCAAAUUAGACAUUUGGAAACCCGCCUCCGUUUUACGCGAACAGAAAUUGAAAAAUUUAAAGAACAAAUUGCCCAACAAGUAAGAGAUGAUGAAGCAUUUGGUGAACCUGAUGAAAUUGAAGCUAGAAUCAAUGGAAGAGAACUCAUAAUUGCUGAUUUGGAAAAAGAAAUUGAGAAACUGGAAAAGAGUAAAAAUGAAGUGCAAGAUGAAGUUUUUGCUGAUUUUUGUAAAAGAAUUAAAAUCAAGGAUAUUCGAGAAUAUGAACAACGUGAAAUGCAAAUCCAUGAUGAACAUGAAAAAUCAAUUAGUGCGUUUACUCAUCAAAUUGAACGUUUAAAUUAUGAACUUGAAUAUCUUCGUGGUGAAGAUAGGCAAGCAAAUGUUAGAAAAGAGGAAGAACGUUUAAAUGUAGUUAGAGCUGAAAAGGAAAAAGCAGAAGAAGAUUUUAAGGAUAUUGAAGAACAUUAUAAAGACUUGGAAAAUAAAUUAAAAGAAGCAAAAAAGGAAGUGGAAAGUAAAAGAGAAGAAGCUGCAAAGGCAGAUAAGGAAGUGAAAGAUGCAAAAAUACAAAAUGCUGAAAUGGAUAGAGAGUUACAUGCAAUUGAACGUAGUUUAGUUCAAAAACAACAAGAAAGGAAUCGAAGAGCCGAAAAACGUCAUUCACUUCUUCAUCAAUGCAAAUUAUCGUCUAUUAAAAUUCCUUUAAUUAGUGGAUCUCUUAAUCAAAUUAUGCUUAAUUCUGAUUUGUCAGCUGAUGAUUCCCAAUCUACUUCAUUAAAUCAUUCGCAAAGUUUGGAGGCUGCUGAAGAAAUUGAAAUUGAUUAUAGAGAUCUUAGGGAUUCUGUCAAAAAGUUGGUAUCAGAUACAGAAAUUAAUGCAUUAUUAGAUGAAUUAACCAAAUCAGCAGCUGAAACAGAAGAAAAACUUUCUAAAAUGGUUGCACCUAGUGCAAAGUUGGAUCAACGUAUUGAUAAAGUAAAAGAACGAGAAAAUGAAAAUUUGGCAAAAUUGGAUGAAGGUCGAAAGAAGGCACAAUCAGCUAGAAGGGCUUUCGAGAAAGUUAAGACGGAGCGGUUAAAACGUUUUCAAGAUUUUUUUGAACCUGUGGCUAAUCGAAUUGAUGAAGUUUAUAAGGCAUUAAGUCAAAACGAAAGUGCCCAGGCAUAUUUGGGACCAGCAAAUACAGAAGAGCCUUAUCUGGAUGGAAUUAAUUAUAAUUGUAUUGCACCUGGAAAACGAUAUAGGCCAAUGGAUAAUCUUAGCGGUGGAGAGAAGACUGUUGCUGCAUUGGCUCUUUUGUUUGCUAUUCAUUCAAGCAAUCCAUCCCCUUUCUUUGUUUUGGAUGAAGUUGAUGCUGCACUUGAUAAUACAAAUAUUGCAAAGGUUGUCAAAUACAUUAGUGAACGUUCUAAAGCAGAUAUUCAAUUAAUUGUAAUUUCGUUGAAAGAAGAAAUGUACAACAAAGCUGAUUCACUUAUUGGAAUAAACAAAAAAGACGGAUCCAUGUAUUGUUAG